AUGUUGUAUUCGGCCGUCGGCAACCAUGAAGCAGCCCCGUGCAAUCUCUUUCCGACACCAAUCAUUCGAUCAGACAAUAUUUCAUGGCUAUAUCAAGCACUAGCUGAUAGUUGGAUAAAUACAUUCGGUCUACCUAAUGAUACACGUGAAAGUAUUCUUCGUGGCGGAUUCUAUACAACACUUGUACGUCCCGGUCUACGAUUGAUUUCGCUCAAUACAAACUAUUACGCAUCUGACAACUAUUGGUUAUUCAUCAAUUCAACCGAUCCACUCAAUCAACUUGAAUGGUUGAUACAAUGGUUACAAUAUGCUGAAGAUAAUGGAGAAAAGGUUCACAUUAUCGCCCAUCAUCCACCACGUACGUGUUUUGCAGCAUUCGGAUGGAACUUUAAUAGGAUCGUCAAUCGAUUCGAAAAUACGAUCUCUGGUCAAUUUUAUGGUCACACACAUACAGAUGAAUUCAACAUGUUCUACGAUGAGAAUGAUCACCAACGACCUGUUUCGAUGGCUUACAUAGCACCAUCGUUGACAACUGAAUCAUUCUUGAAUCCGGGCUAUCGUGUCUAUACAAUGGAUGGUGAGUAUCCGUCGAGUUCCUAUUGGGUGCUUGAUCAUCGUACAGUCAUUAUGAAUUUAACUGCAACGAACUUCUACAACAGAACAAUUAUGCAAAAUGAAUACAAUGCUCGAGAUGCCUAUCAAUUGGAGAACUUGUUUCCUGUUGAUUGGGACAAUUUCAUCAAAAGACUCGAGAACGAUAUUGAUGGACCACUGAUGAGUACAGUAUACAAAUACUACACAAAAUCGUACGCAGAUGGCUCCCAGUGUAAUCAUGUAUGUCGACGAGGACUGAUUUGUGAUUUCAAGACGGCUCGUGACGAUGAUCCGCAUGCAUGCGAUUCAAUUCCUCCAUUUGCUUAA